UAGUUUUAUCUGAAAGUGAUUCGAGAAUUGAAUUGAAGCUUGAAAGUUGAAAGUUGAAACUGAAGUGAAGUGAAGAGAACAUAGUGAGUGACACUCUAAGAAUAAGAAAGAUAUGCCAUCAUUCUCUAUCUUCCCAUCAAUUCAAACCCCUAAUUUAGACCAACCUCAUCUCUUCAAUUCCAUCAAAUUCCCCAAUUUCCGUUUCAAUUCAACACUCUCUCCACCACCACAACACUCUCUCCCCAACUUCCCCCAACUCUACAUAACCUCCACCACUCUUCGCCGUAGAAAUAAUAUCCACUUCAGAAAAGCUUUUAAAGAUUCCGGUGGUGGUGCUGGUGGUGGUGGCGGCGGAGAUGGUGGUGGAGGUGACCCUGAUGUGGACAAAAAGACUAAUGGACCUUUUCCAGAUUGGUUGAAUUUCACUUCUGAUGAUGCCAAAACGGUUUUUGCUGCUCUUGCUAUAUCGCUUGCAUUUCGUACGUUUAUUGCUGAGCCUAGGUACAUUCCUUCCUUGUCCAUGUAUCCUACCUAUGAUGUUGGAGAUAGAAUUGUUGCUGAAAAGGUUUCAUACUAUUUUAGAAAGCCGUGUGCAAAUGAUAUUGUGAUAUUUAAAAGCCCUCCAGUUCUUCAAGAAGUUGGAUACACCGAUGAUGAUGUUUUCAUAAAACGUGUGGUUGCAAAGGAAGGUGAUAUCGUAGAGGUUCGUAAAGGGCAUCUUGUAGUUAAUGGGGUUGAGAGGGAUGAGAAGUUUAUCAAUGAACCACCAAAUUACGAGAUGAAACCCACACGUGUGCCAGAGAACUACGUUUUCGUGAUGGGAGACAACCGCAAUAACAGCUAUGACUCCCACGUGUGGGGUCCCCUGCCAGCCAAGAAUAUCAUAGGUAGAUCAGUAUUCCGCUAUUGGCCACCGAAUAGAAUUGCCGGAACAAUUGCUAAGGAAGGGUGCGCUGUUGAAACCAAGCCAGAGACUACUACUCUUGCAUCUCAAUGAUGAAGGCAGCAACUUUUUGACAUUUAUAUAAUGUUAAUUUUUGUCAAGCUUCAUUUUACUGUUCAUUAUGUACAACAGUUAGUGGGAAAAACGUUUUUAUGCUCCUUCCCAUCAUUCAUCGGGUCGGCUCGUGUAGUUGCCGACCACCCUUUUGUAACAAGAUAUUGAAUCCAAACAUUAGCUAGACACAUUAAAGAAAUGAUGGAAUUCUAUAUUCUGAUUUUGUAUUAACAUCGUAUUUACAUCUGGUUAAUUAGAAAAUUGGAUGAAUUUUUGCAGUA